UUCUCAUGCUUUACGCGUUGCUUGUUAGCAGAUCCUUGCGAUUUUUAUACUGCAAGAACCGUUCCUCUCUGGGAUCUGUGCAUUCUUGCUUAGAUCUUCUUGUAUCCCUCAUCUGGAUUUUGGGGAGAAGUUUGUUUUUUGCAAGUUUGUGAGCUUCCCGAGCUGUUAGCAGAAGCUAUGGAGUCCUACCAAGCAGUUCCCGCAACCUUCGGCUCAGCUGCCGCCGCUGCCGCUCCCAACGGGGCCGGACCAAAGCCGAUCGCCGGCCCUGUCCUUGAGAGCACCAAUAGCUUCAGCGAUGAAUUUAACCCUGAGGAUUUCAUUGGCUUUCUUGAAGUCUUUGUCCACCAAGCUCGUGACAUCCACAACAUCUGCAUCUACCACAAGCAAGAUGUUUUCGCUAGGCUUUGCCUUACCAACAACCCUGAUGUUACUGUCUCGACGCAGACAAUCAACGGCGGAGGUAGGAACCCGGUCUUCAACCAGAACCUCCGACUCAACGUGAAGAACAUCAACUGUUCGAUGAAAUGCGAGAUAUGGAUGCUAAGCAAGGCCAAGAAUUAUCUUGAAGACCAGUUGCUUGGAUUUGCGCUGGUCCCCCUUUCAAAUGUCCUCAUGGCCAACGGAAAGCUGGUGAAGGAGUACUCCCUAUCUUCAACUGAUCUUUUCCAUUCGCCCGCCGGGUUUGUUCAGCUGUCAAUCUCUUAUGUCGGAGCUUCUCCCGAAGUGAUGACAAUUCCAUCACUUCCAAAAUCGCUGAUCGUCGACACUACCUUACCUGAUGCAGAACCUGAUAACUCAAUUCCCUGUGAUUACGAGAAAAUUGAGUUUCCUGACUUGAAAGCCGACAAGGAGAAUCAACUAAUGGUUUCUGAAUAUUAUGGGAUUCCAUGUGCGGACAUGGAAACUCAGAGUUCAGAUAGCUUUGUUACUGCAGAGAAUGAUAAUUGCGCCGGUGAGGAAGCAGGGAUGCGCAUAGUGGAGAGCUUCUCCACCGCCAAUAGUCAUGAUUCCAUUGGAAAUCUUAAACGUGAUACUGCAGCAAGCAGUUUCUCAACCACUGAAUCGACUGUGGUGCUCCCAGCUUCCUCUGAUCCAUUGUCAUCCACAGCAUCGCCGAGGCCAAAUGUCAAAAGUCUCGAAUCUAUGGAAGCUGAGGUAGAUUCUUCUAGAGCACCAUCAGAUGAUGCAUUCUUCAAGCCUAUUAUCAAGAUAGACGUUCCAGAGCAACCAGUUGUUCAGCAGGACUUUGUUGAUAUGUACAUGAAAAGUAUGCAGCAGUUUACAGAGUCAUUGGCCAAGCUGAAACUUCCUAUGGACAUUGAUAAUAGUAGCACAGCUUCCGAAAAUGGUAACUCAGGUCCGACUCAAGAGAAUGGUAGCUCAGGAUCUGAGAAGACGCUGCCGACUCCAAAGAGCAAUGGUUCCAGAGUUUUUUAUGGAAGCAGGGCAUUCUUCUGAUCUUAUGGAGUGAAGUUCUAUGGUUAACUCAAGAGCUCGUACUUUAACUGGUCAGUUUAGUUCCAAGCAAUGACCAAGAAACACUUUCUGUCUGUUCACAAGAUAAUCAGACAAUAAUAUGAGUUGCUUAGAUAAAAAAUGCUUUAAUGUACUGAUGUUACGCUGUUAUUAUCGUCUGUCGAAUUUGCAUGAUAUGUUCUUUA